CUGCGCGCUGGCAGCUGCUGCUCGUCCAGACCACCACCGCUGCUCGAAGAGAUAACGGUCGAGUUUUGGACGUCAAGAUCCCAACUCGUCGAGUUCGUCUGCUCUCCGUUCAACUACACCCGUCUUGUGUGAGAAUCGUGUUCAGUAUUUUUUCAUUGAAAUUACACAGAAAAAGGAAAAUCAGGCUCACAAUCGGCACUGACGUCAAGCUAACGUCUGCUAGCACAGUCUUGUCUUAGCUACCCGUUAUUUGUUUUUAUCCCAACUAUUGGAGAGGAAAAUGCGACAGUCUUUUUUGGUAGUUAAAAGAUUUGUGUCCGCUGACCUCUUGUAAUUCUGGAAACCAAAUGAGACGAUGAGCUAAAGUGAAGCUGAGCUACACAACCGCAGCAGAGAUGAAUCCAAUAUGGAGGCGAGACAUUCCUCUGACAGAGAGGCUGGGCAAUGACUCCCCUUCAGGCCUGAGCCCGGGGAGCCCGGGCACCGCCGCCCCUCAGGUGUCCAACUCUUCCUGGGCACCAGAUGUCCCGGUUGUCACGCCGGAGCAGCCCUUCUUCCUCAUGACCUCCACCGCCCAGACCAUAUCGGGCUUCUUCGUUUGGACCGCGCUUCUGAUCACGUGCCACCAGAUCUACAUGCACCUUCGUUACUACAGCUCUCCCAACGAGCAGAGGCACAUCGUGAGGAUCCUCUUCAUCGUCCCCAUCUAUGCCUUCGACUCCUGGCUCAGCCUCCUGUUCUUCACCAACGAAGAGUACUAUGUCUAUUUCGACACAGUCCGAGACUGCUACGAAGCCUUUGUUAUCUACAACUUCCUGAGUCUGUGUUACGAGUACCUGGGCGGAGAGAGCGCCAUCAUGGCUGAGAUCCGAGGGAAGCCCAUCGAGUCCAGCUGCGUGUACGGAACCUGCUGCCUGUGGGGGAAGACCUACUCCAUCGGCUUCCUCAGGUUCUGCAAACAGGUUUGGUCCGCAGCGCUGCCAGUCCCAUUUGUGCUACAGGAUUUGGUUUGUCCUCAGGCGACGCUGCAGUUUUGCGUGGUGAAGCCGCUGAUGGCCGUCAUCACCGUCCUCCUCCAGGCGUUUGGGAAGUACAGAGAUGGAGACUUCAACGUCGCCAGCGGUUACCUGUACGUCACCAUCAUCUACAACAUCUCCGUCAGCCUGUCGCUCUACGCCCUCUUCCUCUUCUACUUCGCCACUCGAGAGCUGCUGGUGCCCUACAGCCCCGUGCUCAAGUUCUUCAUGGUCAAGUCGGUCAUCUUCCUCUCCUUCUGGCAGGGAAUGCUGCUCGCCAUCCUGGAGAAGUGCGGCGCCAUCCCCCGCAUCAAGUCCAGCGACUUCUCCGUGGGCGAGGGGACGGUCGCCGCCGGCUACCAGAACUUCAUCAUCUGCAUCGAGAUGUUCUUCGCUGCCGUCGCUCUGCGCCAUGCUUUCACCUACAAGGUGUACAUGGACAAGAGGCUGGACUCUUACGGCUCUUUUCCUAUCUAUGGACAGUACGGCCGCUGUGCCCCCAUGAAGAGCAUCUCCAGCAGCCUGAAGGAGACCAUGAACCCCGGCGACAUGGUCCAGGAUGCCAUCCACAACUUCUCGCCGGCGUACCAGCAGUACACACAGCAGUCGACGCUGGAGCGCGGCGGCGGGCCCCCGCUCUCCCGCAGCCACAGCAACAUCAGCACCCGCGCAGACAACGAGAAGACGCUCCUGCUCAGCUCUGACGACGAGUUCUGAGCUAAAUACUGGGCUCCUCUGGUUCCGGAGGUGAUCCGCUGUGUGAUUCAGGUCUUAAAUCCGGAUCCAAUUCCAGGUUUGCGUUCAAUCGACUUUUAGUUAGGAACCACAUUUACUGUUUUUACUGAACAAACAACAGGGUUGGUUUUAUGGAACACAAACUGAAACACGACCUCAAGUUUGACUGGAAACAUGCCACAGUUGUGAGUCACCACAUCUUGCUCAUUACAUCACACUAUCUAACAACAAAUAUUCACAAUACAAGUAAUAGCCACACAGUGUAAUCGUAAUUACAGCCGUCUCAUAUAAUAAUGAUGUAAUAACCUGCUGCCUUUUACUGUCGCAGCUCUGACUGAAGGAUCCAAAACAAUGUUUUGCUGACCUCAAACCACAGUCCAGUGGUUUUCUGUUUGUAACGUGGAGCUGUAAAUGGGUCAAUUUGAUACAAAAGUGGGCGCAAACCAGACGGAGACCCUGAGAUUGGAAUGUUGACUUCACACUUUCAGGGUUCAUCAAACCGUCACUUUUCAAUUUCAGCAAGAUCAGGAAUUUGGGGGAAAUGACUUUAUCACUGAUUCAGUUAGGUGGGGUUCGGUUGUGUCGAGUUCCUCCCUCAGUCCAGGACUGUCUGCACUGAUGCCUGUAAACCUUGCUCCCCAGGUCUUGGGGUUGACCACCUUGACCAGGUGACUUACUGGAACACUGAAGGUCAUGUAGUGCUCGUGCGACAUUUAUAAUCUCUGAGAUUUAUUAGCGUACUUGGAGUACGACUGCUGUACGUGUGUGUAUCGCAAUCUUCUGCUGCACUUUAAGAUUAAAGAGAGAGAUGCUGGUGAAGUGCCAUCUUAAACUGACACGGCCUCUCGUACUGCUGUUGUUGCUGAUCUGUCUCCUCCUUCCUCCUCACCUCUGCCUCUUAACGCAAAUGUUGCCAAAUAGUGGGAGCCGCUCUCCUCACCCAGCCGCCGAUACAGAGCAGGCCUGUGUCCUCAGUCCUUUAUAAGGUGAAUAUUCUCUGGAUGUUUUGUUGGUGGUGGAUGUAGGGUUUUCAGUCGGGAGCUUGUUGUAGUGUUUUUGUGCGACCAGCUGUCGGGACGAGCGCAAGUGCAGCGGCACCCACACAGAUUACAGAUUAGCAAAGACGCAACACUAGCAGCUGCAAAGUGCGACAGACUCUAAUCCCACAAUUAAGGGCAUUACAAGUAAAACGGAGCGGGCCAGUGUCUGCGGAUGUGACUGUCAAACACAUGACCCACUUUAAUGUGAAGGAAGGUGACACUUUUUGGCGCAGUUGUCGUGAACUUGUGGCAUAAAAAACGUGGCAUUAAAGCGCUAUUUUUCCCAAGGGAAAUGUGAACUAAGUGGGCGGAGGCUCCAACAUUAUUGGCGAUAUCGCAGCCGUUACUGAUGACGCACGUCUCUGCUCAGGCUUUCUUAGUAAUCAGAUAUGAUUCCUUCGUUCACACUAACUUAGUGGCCUCAAUAAAGUGAAAUUCACUGACUAUUCUCUGCUUUUCUCCAGUCAGCAGCCGACUCUAGCCAUGCUUGGUGUUACUUCGAUAUAAAUGCAGAUAUAUUGUUCCUAAUGUGGACCACGAUGUACAUAGUCUCUGCUCUGGUGAAUUUUGGAAAAAUGCUGAUAGUGCUUUGUUUUUUGUUUUGUUUUUGUUUUUUAAGAGAUAUUUUAGUGUCUUAAUGUUUUUCUCAUAUAUUCCCUGUUUUAUCUCUGUUGUAUACUUUGUAAACGUUUUUAAUUGUCUUAUUUCUGGUUGUUUUUGUUGCUGUUGAAAGAAAAAUAAAGUGCACUGUAAAAUAA